AUCUGUGGUCUCGCGAUACUUCAAAGCGUGAGUGCCUUUUCUUUGUGUGGAGCGGGGAGCAGCUAAGAGCUAAUCGACCGUUAGAAAAUCGGUGUGUUAGCAUAGCAUCAGCACUGCAUCCGUCCACAGGUCGAUAUAAGACGGAGUUCAGUCUGAGUCACCUAUCUAUAACAGUCACAGACACAGUGAACCACCUGAGUUGUCUCCAUGGCAUUAAGAAGAGGACACAUCAGGUACCUGAAGGUGUGUGAGGUUCAGACAUCUCAGAAUGAUGUCAGAGACGCUCAGCAUGCUGCCAAAGGAGCCCUUGGAAAGGAGCUGUAUGAUAACGGCUUCAGUGACCAGAUGAUGGAGGACGAGGACGCGCGGACAAACCUGAUCGUGAACUACCUGCCUCAGAGCAUGAGUCAGGACGAGCUGCGCAGCCUGUUCAGCAGCGUGGGCGACGUGGAGUCGGCCAAACUCAUCAGGGACAAAGUGGCAGGCCACAGUUUAGGUUACGGCUUUGUUAACUUUGUUAACCCUAGUGAUGCAGAGAGGGCUAUCAGUACCCUCAAUGGCCUGAGGCUACAGUCUAAAACUAUCAAGGUCUCGUACGCGCGGCCGAGUUCAGACAUGAUCAAAGAUGCAAACCUUUACAUCAGCGGUUUGCCGAGGACGUUGAGUCAGCCAGAGCUCGAGGACAUGUUUGCUCGCUACGGACACAUCAUAAACUCCAGAGUGCUGGUUGACCAGGCCUCAGGUCUGUCUCGGGGCGUUGCCUUUAUCCGGUUUGAUAAGCGAGCUGAGGCCGAAGACGCCGUCAAACACCUGAAUGGGCACACCCCUCCCGGCAGCUCUGAGCCAAUCACAGUCAAGUUCGCUGCCAACCCCAAUCAGGCCAGGAACUCCCAGAUGAUGUCACAGAUGUACCAUGGCCAAUCACGGCGCUUCGGAGGACCCGUCCAUCACCAGGCGCAGAGGUUCAGGUUUUCUCCAAUGAGCGUGGACCACAUGAGUGGAGGGGGCGGGGUCUCGGGGAACUCAUCCUCUGGUUGGUGCAUUUUCAUCUACAACUUGGGGCAAGACGCGGACGAGGCCAUCCUGUGGCAGAUGUUUGGGCCGUUCGGUGCUGUCGUCAACGUGAAAGUGAUCCGAGAUUUCAACACAAACAAGUGCAAAGGUUUUGGCUUUGUUACUAUGACGAACUACGAGGAAGCCGCCAUGGCAAUUCACAGCCUGAACGGGUACCGACUGGGGGACAAAGUCCUGCAGGUGUCCUUCAAGACCAGCAAGGGACAUAAGUAGAGGGUGAG